GGCAUUGGGCUUUUUCAGCGCUGGGCGCUCGCGCGGGGCGUCACAGCCUUGCUGCGGCUGCAGUGCCAUUCUCUUCUUUCUCCAUCCCCUAGGAUUAGAGCGGGCGCCCCUCCCCCCCCCCUUUGGCUGCUGCAGCCCCUGCGUUGUGUGACUGGGAAGCUCCUGAGGGCGAGACAUGAAGCUGAGCAAAGCCCAGUAUGAUGAAAUAGCCCAGUUCCUGGGGCACGUGCAGCCCACCAGACAGAGCCUGAGGAAGCUGAAGGAGAGAUUUCCUAGUCAAUCGCAGUCCACUCUGCUGAGCAUCUUCUCCCAGGAGUACCAGAAACAAAUCAAAAGAACACAUGCAAAGCAUCACACUGCUGAGGCUAUUGAAACUUACUACCAAAGGUACCUGAGUGGGGUGAUGAAAAAUGCAGCUGCCCCUGUACUACUGGAGCUAGCCAAUGAGGUGGACUUUGCACCAUCACUGAUGGCUCGAAUUGUGCUAGAAAGAUUUCUACAAGAGCAAGAGGGAACUAUCCCUUCCAAGACUCUUAUAAAUAGUAUGCUGCGGGACCCUUCUCAGAUUCCAGAUGGAGUUCUAGCAAAUCAGAUCUAUCAGUGUACUGUGAAUGACUGUUGUUAUGGACCACUGGUGGACUGCAUCAAACAUGCUAUUGGGCAUGAGCAUGAAGUCCUGCUGCGAGAAAUGCUGCUGGAGAAAAAUCUCUCUUUCUUAGCUGAAGAACAGCUUCGUGCAAAGGGUUAUGACAAAACACCAGAUUUUAUUUUAGAAGUGCCGGUAGCUGUUGAAGGACAUAUAAUUCACUGGAUUGAAAGCAAAGCUUCAUUUGGUGAUGAAUGUAGUCACCAGGCCUAUCUGCACGACCAGUUCUGGAGCUACUGGAAUAGAUAUUGUUAUGUCACUGGAGACUAUCACAUAGUCCAGAUAGAGCUCUUUCAGCUUCCACAUACAUUACCGCAAGGCUUCAGCUCCAAUUUCCCUGGUAUUUCUCAUUCAGAUUAGACAAGCAUCUAAGUUUAUGUACGAUAUGAGCUGACAGCAUAGAUCCUGCUAUGUUUGCCAAAGGCCUGGUCACAGACACUCCACUAUGUCAAAGAAUGUCAGUCCUCACAGACCUUACCUUUCAGAACUCCUUGUAAUUUUUAAUUGACAUUUACAUCUGACAUUUUCAAUGUAUUUCUUAUUGUUGAGUCUUUAUCUACCUAGGAAUAUCUUUAAAAAACUUCUGUAAACUAUUACAUCAUAUAUUUUAAUUUAACAAGGCCAGGUUGCUUGCUGAAACUCAAGAAUAACUAAAUUUACUCCCUCCCCCCCCCCCGCCAUGUAAUUCUGUAAUUGCUCUUCUAAUCCAUUUGAAGUGACAAUUGGGCAGGGUAUUGAGAAUGUGGAAGGAGCAUUAACUUGUAGUAUAAAUGUACAAAACAUAAUUGUGUUUAUUGUUGGCCUCCCUCUGUGUGCAAUAAAGAUACGAUAAUCUUCUGAAAAAUUGUGUAUACUACUACACACAUACAUAAACAGAACACUUUAAAUAAAACAAAGCUUAGAAUAUGCAGUGUACUUGCAUAUUGUAUAAUGUGGUGUAUUUUCUCAAAAACUGAAACUUUUUCAUUUUAGUUUCAAAGAUGAAAAACUUAAUAUAUUAAUAUAAGUAUAAUUAUCCAUCUACUAGAAUUUAGAAUAAGGAAGUACAGUUGAUAAUAAAUGUCAAAAAGCACAGAACUAACAGAAGCAUUUUGUCACAAAUAAUGCUGCUUUUCCUCUAAUUAGUUAAUUUACAUUUUACAAAUUAAGGACAAAAUUCAGACAGAAAAUAAUCUAGUAGUAUAUCAUAGCUUUACUGACCUGUAUUUGUAUCUGCCAAAUUUAAGUUAAUUAGAAAUGUAGAUGCUGUUUGUUUUAUCUGUCAAAAAGCUCAUCUUACCCC